AUGGAAAAUUACGGCAUUUUUUGUAAAUGCUUUCCAUCAACAAAUUGUCCCCAUAACUCCUCGAAAUGCCUUUCUACUAUUGGUUGUUUUUAUUCUAUUCAGGAUAGUCCCACAGGGCAAGUAAUUCAUGAACAGUAUGGUUGUCUUUACUCUCCCUUUGCCAAGUUCAAUUGCCUUUUUCAAAAGGUAUCAUGCUGCUUUGCUUCGACAUCGUCCGACUUCUGUAAUGCUCAUUUCUCACUUAAUGCGCAAUCAUAUAAUGUCAACACUUUGAUUUUCGUUAUGGCACUUCUAGUCAUUAUCAUAAUCUUCAAUAUUCUUUUGAUAUUCUACUGUAAAGGAAGAUCUUUAGCUAAACACAGGUUUGUUUCUCCACAACCAUCUGUCUACUUUCACGAAAUUUCCGAUAGCGGAAGUGGUGCUGGCAAGCCAUUUCUUGUGAACCGGACGAUAGCAAGGCAGAUAAGUCUUCUCGAUUGUAUUGGCAAAGGUCGAUUUGGCGAGGUUUGGCGAGCAACUUGCAAUGAGGAAAUCGUUGCUGUGAAGAUCUUUUCCAGUCGAGAUGGUGCAAGCUGGAGCCGAGAGACUCUAAUCUACACUACGGCUCUACUCUGUCAUUCGAACAUACUCGCUUACUAUGCUAGCGAUAUGAUAUCAUCUGGUGGUUGUACACAACUCUGGCUUGUCACAGCCUAUCAUGAAGCCGGAUCCCUUCAUGACUUUCUCCGUUCUUCUGAUGCCAUUCCUCCACUUAUUGGUCUUCAAAUAGCUAGAUCUAUUGCGGCUGGAUUGGCUUUUCUUCAUAGUGAAGUUGUCGGAUUUCAUGGAAAGCCAUCCAUUGCUCAUAGGGAUAUUAAAUCGAAAAAUAUCCUCAUGAUGGCCAAUCAGGAAGCCUGUUUGGCUGAUUUUGGCUUGGCGUUAGUGAAAAAUGAUGGGUUUACUGAUCGAGAAUCCCCACCUCCUGCAAGUCCAUUUGCUGGAACGAAAAGGUACAUGGCUCCAGAGAUACUUUCUUUAUAUCCUUUACUUUGGGGUGGAUGGCAACAUGAAAAGACUAGGUUAAAAGAUGAUGGUGAAGAGAAUUUAUCGGUUCCGGAUGAAUUUUCGGAGUGCAGGCAUCCGAUGCUCUCCUUUGAGGUCUAUCAGUCAGCAGAUGUCUACGCCAUGGGCUUGGUUCUUUGGGAGAUUUGGAGAAGAUGCUGUGGUUUAGAGUAUGAGUUACCUUACUAUGACGCGGUGCCCAUGGACCCCACUUUUCUUCAAAUGUAUCGAGUUGUGGUUAUGGGCGAGGCAGUAGAAGAAACGGAGAAUAAUUCCAUGCAUCCACCCGUUAUUGAUCUUCCUGUUCCUCUUCAAACCUGCCAUCUUUGCAGCAACCACUUGCUUCGGCGUCGCAUUAGUAACCAAUACCAACCUCUUCAACACUGUUACCCUGAAGGCAGAAGACCUUCUCUAUCAAUGCAAGGGGGUUGGCUAGGACGAUUAGAAGAUCUCAUUGUUGAAUGUUGGCAUCCAAUUUAUACUCACCGUCUCUCUGCUCUAAGGUUGAGGAAGUCUUUAACAGUUCUGGAAGCAAAGCUUAAAAAUUCAUGA